UCAGUUCCUUUCUGGCUGCCGUCGAACGUUGUCGUCGUUCGGUUGAAUCGAAUCGAAAAGCGCAGCUCGCCAAAAAGCCAGGCCAAAAUCUCAAAGCCACGGCUCAGUGAAACAGUUAUCAGAAAUUUUCGAAAAAUCGCGUAAAAAGUUUUCGAAAAAAAAAAAAUUAAAAAACAUAAGCAAGCAACCAAUUUUUAAGUGGCAAAGUUGACAAAUUGACGCAAACAAAACACAGCACAUUUUUUGGAUUAAGUGCCACAUAGUUCCUGUUAGCAGCAGCAACACACACCAACCACUUGGAUUACUAUAAACAACAGUAUUAUCACUUAAAACUAGCACAAAAAUCGCAAAAUUUUCUUCAACAAAAUUAGAUCGUUUUUAAACUACAACAAUUUGCUAGGCAACCAAAAAAGAAAAAUACAUAAAGAGAAGAGAAAAAACGAAAACAACAAACUUGUGCAACAUCCCAAAACAAAUGUGAAAGCGUGACAAACAAACAAAAGAUACGAAAAACAAAUGAGCAAAAAGUGAACAAAAAGUGAAAAGUAAGAAAAAGUGAGUGUUUGAAAAUGCUGCAGUGAACCAUUUCGAAACACACAAAAAUUAACAAACACAAAAAAACACCCAUCAACAAAUUAUAAAUCCACAACAACAGCAGCAACAACACAGAGAGACAAGUGUUGUUGUCCCAUGUAUUUGUUGAUGCCAUGCAAUUGAUUGUUGACAAAAUUCCCAUGUAUUCCAAACAAACAACGAAGCGCAAUUCCAAAAAGUAAGUUUUGAAGAACCUCUGAAAGAAUUGAAAAUUGAAAAUUGAGAAAACAGACUGCAGAGCAAACAGUGAAAAGUGCCCAAACCAAAGCAAACAAACAAACAAGCAAAACGAGAAGGAAAACCCUUCUGGUGAACUGAUAAACUGAUAACAGCGGCGAGAGAGACAGCAACAAGCCGGAGGAGGGAGAUAGCGUUCCACAGCUGCUGCUGUCGCUUCUUCUUCUUCUUCACGUGGUGCACCUGUCCCAGCCAAAAAACAGCUGCAACAACAACAGCAACAACAACUUUAACUUCAACUACGAACAACAACAAUUUACACACCACGCGCUGUUGCCAUAAAACCCAAAAGAAAAAGAAAACUUAGGAAAAAUGAUGAAAUGAACCAGCAGGCGGGCUCCUCAAGGGCGCCAGCCACCGGGGGCCAAAUCUCACCGCCAGGUGCCACAACAGUCGGCGUGGAGCAGCAGCAACACUUGCAACAGCAGCAACAGUACUACAACCAGCAGCAGCAGCAACAGUACCAGCAGCAGCAUCAGCGCGACAACUUCCUAGCCUACCAGCAACAGCAGCAGCAGCAGCAGCAACAGCAACAGCAGCAGCUCCAGCGAUCGGGAGGCGGCGGAGUCGGCGGCGGUGGUAACUUUAUGCUGGGCAAUGACCUUGUCGGCGGCGACAGCCUGCGCAGCCUGAACAACACCUUCGGUCCCAACUCGGAGUUCACGUCGCUCGGAGGCGCCAACAGCUCGGCAUCCUCCUCGCUGAGCGGACUGAGCAGCUCGAGCAGUCAAGGAUACACGGGCAUGGUUGCUGCCAGCCAGCAACACCAGCAGCAACAGCCACAUCACCACCAACAGCAGCAGCAGCAGCACAUGGGCAGCAUGGAUGCCAUGGGCGGUUACAGUCAGAUGGGUGGCGGCAUGCACCCUGGACCCAACAGCGGCAUGAUGGGCAACAUGAAUGGCCAGUACAUGAAUGGCGGCUCCGGCCAGGGUGGCUACAAUGGAGCCCAGGGCAUGGGCAUGGGCUACGGCGGAGGUGGCAGCAUGGGACCCCAGAGGCAUCAUCAAAUGACGCCCAUGAACCAGAUGCAGAAUAUGUCGAUGGGCCCGGGAGUCGGAGGAAGUGGCGGCAUGGGCGGCGGCAUGAAUCCCCUCCAGCAACAGGCGGCGCAGCAGCAAAUGGGCGGCAUGAAUCCGAUGGCCAAGAUGCAGGGCAUGGCCAAUGGUGGAUAUCCGCAGCAGGCGCCACCCAGUCUCACCCAGCAGCAGCAGCAACAGCAGCAGCGACGAAUGGCCCCGUAUCCCCACCCCCAGAUGCACAUGGCCCAGAAGCGGGCGGCGGCCGGAGUGGGAGGAGCGGGCGGAAUGUACCCGGGUAAUCCCAUGCAGCAGCAGCAGGCGCAGAUGUACGGAAAUCAGCAGAUGCAUCCGGGAUCCGGUGGAGGAGUUCCACUGCCCAUGCAGGCGGGUGGAGCAGGAAACGGUUACGGACGCAGUGGACCCAUGGGCGCCGGCAAUGGCGGCUACGGGCGUAUGUCGGCGGGCAAUGGCAUGGGCCCGACCGGAGGACCAGUGAUGGGACCCAUGGGUCCCGGUGGCAUGACCGCUGGAGGUAUGGGUCCCGGACCAGGUUGCAUGAGCCAGCAGCGCUUCAUGCCCCAAGGAUCCGGCGGCGGCAUGCCCGGAGUGGGCUAUGGUGGAGUCGGAGGAACCGCUUCCCAUCAGGGUCAGUUCUAUCCGGGCAGUGGCCAAAGUGCUGGAAUGCAGCAGGCAGGUGGCAUGUGCCCGGCGGGUCCGGGCGCCGUCGCCACCACCGGCAAUCCCUACCAGAAUCAAGGUUUCCAGCAAAACUAUCAGCACAGUCCAGUUCCUGGCAAUCCCACGCCACCGCUGACGCCCGCCUGCAGUGUGCCCUAUGUCAGCCCCAAUCCGGAUAUCAAGCCACCCAUGGACAACAGCGAAGAAAUGAGACUGACAUUCCCGGUGCGCGACGGCAUCAUCCUGGCUCCUUUCCGCCUGCUGCACAACCUGUCGGUCAGCAACCACGUGUUCCAUCUGAAGCAGAAUGUCUACAACACCCUGAUGUGCAGAAACGACUUGGAGCUGCAGCUGAAGUGCUUCCACCAGGACGACCGGCAGAUGAACACCAACUGGCCGCACACCGUCACCGUCUCCGCGAAUGCCACGCCCCUGAACAUCGAGCGUUCCGAGAAGAACAGCACCGCCCUACGACCGCUCUACUUGAAGGCGGUGUGCCAGCCGGGAAGGAAUACGCUCCAGCUGACCGCCAGUUCCUGCUGUUGUUCGCACCUGUUCGUGCUGCAGCUAGUCCAUCGACCAUCGGUGCGCCAGGUGCUGCAGACGCUGCACAAGCGCAAUCUGCUGCCGCUGGAGCACAGUGUGCAGAAGAUCAAGCGCAAUCUGAGCCAGCCGGAGGCGAAUGCCGGACCGGAUGCCACGCCCCAGCAGCAGCAGGGUGGCGGGCAGCAGUGCGCCAAGAUCUCAUUGAAGUGCCCCAUCACCAAGUCCCGGAUACGACUUCCGGCGCGGGGACACGAGUGCAAGCACGUGCAGUGCUUCGAUUUGGAGGCGUAUCUGAUGAUCAACAGCGAGCGGGGAUCGUGGCGAUGCCCGGAGUGCAGCAAGUCGGCGAUCACCGAUACCCUGGAGAUCGAUCAGUACAUCUGGGCCAUACUCAACACGCUGGGCAACUCGGAUGUGGACGAGGUGAUCAUCGAUUCGUCGGCCAACUGGCGGGCGCUGCAGCACAAUGGCGGCAUGCCCAAUGCACCGCCCCCCUCGAAUGUUCCUAGCAAUCCCAGUGGCGGCAGCGGCUCCAAUUCCGGCAACGGAAGUGUCAACCCCACCCUGCCGGUCAUCAAACAGGAACUAUGCGACGACAUCGCCAAGGUCAUGUCGCCGGGAUCCACCCAACUGCCCACCUGGGACAGUGCGCAGGCCAUGAGUCCCUACAACAUGCACGACAUGAACUCCAUUGCCAGCGGCAACAUGAUGGGCAACGGCGGCAACACCAACCAGCAUGGCAAUCGCAGCAGCUACGACGGCUUCAGUGGCAACCACAGCGAUGGAAGCGGCGGAUUGCCUGGCGGCGAUGGAGGUGUCAACUCCCUCGACCAGCUGAACGCCAUGGAAAAGUCACUCAGCGAUCAGAUGCCCCACACCCCGCACACUCCUGGAGCGGCCAGUCAUCCGAUGACACCUGGCGGUCCGCCCAGCGUCAGUAGUUCCCACAACGAACCGAUCAGCGGCGGUACGCCCAACGCCAACGGAAGCGGAAGUGCCACGAACGGAAGCGGCAACAACAACAGCAGCACGGGCCACAACUCGCCACAGACGCCGGGCACGCCCAGUCGGAUGGGCGGCGGCGGCAUGGGAGGAGCAGGCUCAGCGGAUAGCCAACAGCAGCAGCAGGAGCAGCUCCUCAACUCCCUGAUGAGCAGUCAGACCCAGCUGAAGUUCAGCGAAAGCGAUCUAAGUGCCGAGCUGCAGAGCUUCGAUGCGGCGGCAGCGGCCAUAAACGAUACAGCCCACGAUCUGAAUCUGCUGCAAGACGUGGAUCCCAUGGAGAUCCUGUCCUAUCUGGAUCCUCAGCCCGAUCUUAACACGCCGCCCUCGAGUGGCAGCAGCAACAACAACGCCAGCGACGACUUGCUGGCCACGUUAUUCGACUAGGCCCAAAAAGGCAGGGGAGAAGCUGGGAGAGAGUUGGAGAAUUGAAGUGGCAGAAUACCAUAAAUUGUAUAUAGUAUUAUUAAUUUUAAUGAAAUGUGCACUAGACGCCAGUCGCGUACUUCAACCAACAUUUUCGUUUCCUCACACAAACCAACAGCAGCAACAAGUAAAAAUACACAAAAACAAAAAACAAAAUGGAUAAACUAUUACAAACAACACACUGGAUGAAAAAUCGAAGCGGAAAUUUGAAUUUGCCCGUGUUGAAAAACAAUGAAAUGUGAUUUAAAAAUUAAUUAAUUAAAUUAAUUGGCAUUUAAUUUAAAGCUAACUGAGAAAAACCCAUGAAAACUACAAAAAAAAUGCACACUAAAGCGUAAAAAUUAACAAACAGUCAUUAUACCAUAUAAAAAAUUAAAAAAAAAAAAAUGAAAUCAAUCACUUCAGUUGAGAGCAUGAAAAUUCCUUCAAUGAAAUUUACGAAUUUAAAAUGCAGCAGAAAGUCCUUUGUUCGUUUAUUUUAAAAUUACAUUUUUUGUUUGCCUUAUCCCAGACUUUUGUUGCAAAAUGUUUCUUGUUCAUUUACAAAGUAUUAAAAAAAUCUAUUAAAUCAGCGCAACAACAAAACAUGAGCAAAGAAAAACAAAACAAAAACGAAAUCGAGAAACACAAAAUACAUACAAGUGAAAUCCCAACAAUUUUAUUACAUUUAUAAAAUGAAAACAUUUACAUUUUAAUUGUUGCAUAAUUUUAAUUAUUUUUUAAAGCCUAUCUACAUAUUAAAAGUAAAUGAUUUAGCUUGGUAAACGAUAAACGAAAUUUAACAGACCAGCGGAGGAAAUAUUAAGGAAAUAUUAACUUUAACGAACAGAAAGUAAAUGUGUACAAUUAAGUGACAAAGCGAAACUGCAUAAUUAGUGGAAGAGAGAAACAAACUAUUAAAAGUGUAAAUCAAAUUUAA